AGACGUACUUGGUCACCUUCACCAGAGAAAUCCCAAGGGAAAAGUAAAUGAUGGCAUCAUCCCAGGCAUCCCUGAGUGCUUUGCCUGAUAAUAUUCUGUUGGAAAUCCUCUCAUACUUGCCGGUGAAAGAGCUAUGUAUGGCUGGAAGGGUUUGCAGACGAUGGAGAAGGGUGGUUCGAGACAAUUCCCUGUGGCGUCAUGUUGACCUCUCUUCGUACUCCCUCAACCUACAGCAGAUGUGGAAGGUUAUCCGCACCCACUUCUCCCCAGUCCUCCUUUCCUUUCAAAUCAAGGGCUACUGCCCAAACAGUAAAACUUCAGGACCUACCCGGAGGAAGAAGCAGGUUCUGUCUUCUGCCAUGUUGAGGGAAUUGAAGGACAGGUGCCCUUCUAUUCAGACUCUUUGUUUGUACCAUUGCUUCACCAAAAAUAUUGAUGCUGUGGACUUACCUUCAUCACUAAGCACCUUAGUCAUAAAAAAAUCUAUAUGGGAGCCCAAGUGGUUAGAAUUGGUGCUGAAAAAAAAUACCCUGCCAAAUCUGACCCAUUUAGAUGUCAGUGACUGUGUGCGGUUUGAUCACAUUGAUCUGCAACAAAUUUCUACCUCCGGACUAAAUCUACAGGUGCUCAAAAUGAACGGCUGCUAUAGAAUUAAGGAAAAAGGCUUCACAUGUCUCAGUCAUGGAAUGCCUACACUCAAAAUCCUGGAGCUGUCCGAUGUCAAUCUCACCCCUCUGGCCUGUCACCACAUCGGGAGAAACCUCAAUCAGCUGAAACACAUCAAUCUCCAGAAAAAUGGAGGGCUUACAGAUGACUGCCUAGCUGCUGUUAUAUCCGCUACUACUGAACUUGAGUUUUUGGACAUUUCUCACUGUGACAGGAUAACUAACAAAGGACUUCAGUUCCUUAUUAAAUUGAAAAAACUGAAAACUUUGGUAGUUUGUGGCAACAUGAAUGAAUUUGAAAGUUUAAAAACAUUAAAAACCAUGUUACCAGGUUUGAAGGUUCAUUGUGAGCGAGCACUUUUGUAGGAUACUUUACAGUGUAGACUGAAAUAUACAUGUACGUGUAAUCAGAUCUGUACAGUUGUUCAUGUAUUUUAAAAAUGUAUAAUUCUGUUCACACCGAACUUACUGUUACUUAGUCUCUGUGAACAGAAUGUCAUCCAUGCUAAAGGGUGCAACGUGCUACUCACCCUUGCUGGCAAAGGAUUUUUGUAACAAAGCAGUCCUGCAUAGCUUGCUGUUGCAGUGAAGGCACAUCUAUACAUGUAUAAAUUUGUUCAUGCAUAUUUUACCGCUGCUUUGGGUGAGAGCUCCAAGGAUUUAUGUUUUCUCCUUUAACUGUGAAACAAGUAAAUAUGAGGUGUGCUCAGAGGGCACAUUUUGAUUAAGUACUGCAUCUGUGUAUAAAAUCUUUGAGAUGAGAUGAAGCACUGCUCUCAUCACAGCCUCUCCUCUGAAAACGCAACUGAUUCGAAUCUGUUCAUCUCUGAUUCAUCGCCAGGAAAUGUAACAUUCAGAAGGGCAAGGGUUUGGUGCAACCAAUCCAGGAUUGCUUCUAUCUGUAUACAUGUACCUGACUGGUAUCAGUAUAAUUAAAAAAAUUUUUGAGUGGAAUACUAAACACCAGUGAAAUAAAUAAAUAUAUCAAAUAUAAAUAUGAUUCAAUAUAUGUUUAGGGUCUGUCAUUAUAGAUAGCAGUCAUGUGUUUCAUGCCAUAAUCUACCAAUAUAACCAGAGAGUUCAUGGGAUCUGUUAUUCUCCUGCAGUAAGAGAAGCUUUGUAUGACAUUGUUACUCUAUUGGUUGAUAUGUUAAGGGUGUGACAUCAUCAGUUCUCAAUGCUAGCAGGGAAAUAAUUAACUGCUUUUUAUGGUCAUGAUAUGUGUGUAUCCAUUUUGAUGUUGACCUUGCCCUAAGGAGAAAGUUUGUUAAUACAUUUACUAAUCGAAGUACUGUAAUUCAUCAACCUUUUCUCAUGUUUGCCAGAUGUUUAUUCAAGCAUAUUCUGAAGACAUUAUUCCAUGUAGAAUGAUAAAAUUACACUUUUGUGAAGCCCUAGUAUUGGUCAAUCGAUAUAAAAAUGCACAUAAAUUACACUGAAAGUGGCUUUUUCAUGUGUGAAAAGGUUGAGGAAUUAGGUAGCACUUUCAAUCCAGGUAUGAAAGGUUGUUCCGCAUGAAGGUACAGGCCUGAACCCCCUUCUAAUGUAUGAGUUGCAAAUUUGGAAAAGAUUAAGAAUGUGUGUAUAUGGGUCAUGCAGACUCCAUAAAAAUUCCGUUUUUUAUAGUUAUGCUAAAUUUCGCACAGCCUUUAAAGAUCUUAUUGACCCUUAAACUCCAGGACAUUCUAGAUACUAAGUACACAAAAAGUGCGUUAAAAAGUGUUAAACCAGCAAUGCCAUUUUAUCUAAUCUAACAUUUCUACAGCCUUAAAUUUGUAAAGACACUGCAUUGCUUAGAAUAAUAGUUAAACAUUUUGUAACAAUACACUGAGUUACUGAUACAUGGCACAUCUUUAGUGAGCUCUUAUGUGCCAUUCUGACUGCUGGGGACAUGAACUCGCACCAACACAAUAACUGCUGAUGGUCAUAAAUGACAGACUGACUAAAUGAACAGUGUACACAUUGUAAGUUUCCCAUUUCCAGGCAGUUCCAUCUGUUCAUUAUCGUGUUAAUACUAGUGUAGUAUCAUUUUCAAAUGUAAAUUGCUGAUUUCAUGUCUUGUUGAUGUAUGAUUAAA